AUGGAACAAAUAAUUAAGGUUGAGUCAACACAUGUGGAUUUAACAGCCAAAGAGAGAAACUUGUUGUCAAAUGUAUUAAAAAGAGAAAUCUUAUCUAAAAGAACUUUUUUGAAAAAUAAUGGCAGUAAUGAACACAAAGGAAAGAUGAAUUUGAAGAAUAUUUGCCAUAGUACUUUAGACAUUUUAGAUAGAAAACUAAUUCCUUAUGCAGAAAGUGAAAAAUCCAAAGUUUUCUACUAUAAAAUGAAAGGAGAGUAUUACCAAUACUUAGCCGACUAUUACCAAUACUUAAACAAAGCUGUCACAGGAAAUGCUAAAAAUGAAGCGACAGAAAAAAGUUUAGCAGCAUAUAACAUUGCAAGUGAUACAGCAUCUACAGGUCUACCACCUACUCAUCCUGUACAUUUAGAUUUAGCACUUAGUUUGUCUGCGUUUUAUCACGAUGUUCUCAACUCCCCAGAUAAAGCAUGUAGUAUAGCAAAAACAGCAUUUGAUCAGGCAAUAUCAGAGCUUGAUUGUUUAAGUGAAGAGAGCUAUAAAGAUUCAACGUUAAAAAUGCAGUUGUUAAGAGAUAAUUUAACACUGUGGUCUGCUGAAGGUGAAGGUCAGUUGAAUGGGAACCAUUAG